CCUCUCCCCCCCGCCUCUCCCCCCCAUGACGCCCGUUGUGGCCGCGAGUGCAAAACUGCACUCCAUUUUGGCUUAAGGCGACUAGCUCAGGCUCACGUUCUACGCCCACCGGCUCAGCUGUCACGUUCCAUCCAGACAUACUUCUUACCAAGGGCGCCCUCGAGGGCGCGAAGUUAUUCUUGGGAGCCCUUGCUUACCAUGGCACCCAGGGGCCUCUUCUUGCUUGCCGUGCUGGCGCUGCAGGCAUGGGGCGCGCUCGCGCGUGCCCAGCUGAAGCCCGCCUCGAGGGCGGGUGACGUGCUCCAGCGAGGCUCGGCGCCGGCGGGCCCGCAGCGGAACAUCUCGGAGGACCAAUGAGGCACAUACCUGAUUUCUCGAGGGUCGCCGCGGACUUUUUGUUGGAUCGGCGCUGGGCCCCCCUGGCUGCGCCUCUGUCGCCGAUCCUGGCGCGCCAGGAAGGGCGGUUCAGCGCGUAUGUAAGAAAUCCGCGCGCACCUCCUAGAAUGAAAAGUCAUAGUUAUGCCGCCAUUCGUUCUUCUAACGUCCGGAGGAAGGCACCAGAACACCAGCCGACGGCGCCAGCCUCCUCGCUGCUGCAGCGCGUGCUGGGGCGCCAGGCUGCCGCCAGGGCGGAGAGGGCCGCCGGCGCGCGCGGGGGCGCCGCCCUGGAGGACGCGGGCUCGCUGAUGCAGACCGUGGUGGAGACCAAGGGGCUGGACAUCGAGCGCCGCCCGCGCGACGAGUUCUGAUGCGGCCCGCGCGGUCGCUCCCAGCAGCGUGGAAACGGCACAGCAGCCUCUCAUGCCAGAAACAAAAGAGAGCGCCUGGCGCAGUCGAAGGGGCACUUGCAGCGGCUUUUGAGGGGUGGGGGGACUUGGGGCGGGGUGGUGUAUUGCAGCACCGUUGAUGCAUCCUGGGCUUACUCUGGCCUCCCCCCUCCCUUCUC